GAAAGACGACGAAGUCAACCUCAGGGCGCAGGAGAGGGAGGGCCAGUGUGCUGCCGACGAGGGAGGCUGGAGCCGCGGGGACGAGGCGCCCCAUACAGCGGCAAGAGGGCGGAGGGCAGGAGCUCGCCAUCCUGGGUGAAAGCGGGGCCCAGCGAAGGGGCCCGGCCACAGGAAUCUCGGUUCCACCCCGCUACUCCCGGCUGUGACUCCAGUUUCGUCCCCAGCCGCCGGGACCCCCCCUCGCCCCGCCCACAGCGGGCACUCAGGCCGUACCACUGUGCCUUCAUGGGGGUGGAGAUAGAUCGUGGGCUAGUCCUGCCGAGGAGAGAGGGGUUCUUCCUCAAAAAAUAUGAUUAUGUAUAGUAUUCGCAUGAUUCUAGUUAACUUGUUUCCCUUCUGCCUGCUCGGACCCUCUACCUGCCCUACGAAGGGGGCGGAGUGCGUUCCUGCCUCCCCCUGCUCUUCCGCGUUUGGUGCGCGCCUGCGCGGUGCGUAGGCGGCGGAGCGUACUUAAGCUUCGACGCAGAAGGCGGGGCUGCUCAGUCCUUCAGGCGUCGGUGCUCAGCGGUGUUGGAACUUAGUGGCUUGCUUGCCUGUGCGCGCGUGCGCGGACAUGGCCUCAAACGAUUAUACCCAACAAGCAACCCAAAGCUAUGGGGCCUACCCCACCCAGCCCGGGCAGGGCUAUUCCCAGCAGAGCAGUCAGCCCUACGGACAGCAGAGUUACAGUGGUUAUAGCCAGUCCACGGACACUCCAGGCUAUGGCCAGAGCAGCUAUUCUUCUUAUGGCCAGAGCCAGAACAGCUAUGGAACUCAGUCAACUCCCCAGGGAUAUGGCUCGACUGGCGGCUAUGGCAGUAGCCAGAGCUCCCAAUCGUCUUACGGGCAGCAGUCCUCCUACCCUGGUUAUGGCCAGCAGCCAGCUCCCAGCAGCACCUCGGGAAGUUACGGUAGCAGUUCUCAGAGCAGCAGCUAUGGGCAGCCCCAGAGUGGGAGCUACAGCCAGCAGCCUAGCUAUGGUGGACAGCAGCAAAGCUAUGGACAGCAGCAAAGCUAUAAUCCCCCUCAGGGCUAUGGACAGCAGAACCAGUACAACAGCAGCAGUGGUGGCGGAGGUGGAGGUAACUAUGGCCAAGAUCAAUCCUCCAUGAGUAGUGGUGGUGGCAGUGGUGGCGGUUAUGGCAGUCAAGACCAGAGUGGUGGAGGUGGCAGCGGUGGCUACGGACAGCAGGACCGUGGAGGCCGCGGCAGGGGUGGCAGUGGUGGUGGCGGCGGCGGCGGCGGCGGCGGUGGUGGUUACAACCGCAGCAGUGGUGGCUAUGAACCCAGAGGUCGUGGAGGUGGCCGUGGAGGCAGAGGUGGCAUGGGCGGAAGUGACCGUGGUGGCUUCAAUAAAUUUGGUGGCCCUCGGGACCAAGGAUCACGUCAUGACUCCGAACAGGAUAAUUCAGACAACAACACCAUCUUUGUGCAAGGCCUGGGUGAGAAUGUUACAAUUGAGUCUGUGGCUGAUUACUUCAAGCAGAUUGGUAUUAUUAAGACAAACAAGAAAACGGGACAGCCCAUGAUUAAUUUGUACACAGACAGGGAAACUGGCAAGCUGAAGGGAGAGGCAACGGUCUCUUUUGAUGACCCACCUUCCGCUAAAGCAGCUAUUGACUGGUUUGAUGGUAAAGAAUUUUCCGGAAAUCCUAUCAAGGUCUCAUUUGCUACUCGCCGGGCAGACUUUAAUCGGGGUGGUGGCAAUGGUCGUGGAGGCCGAGGGCGAGGAGGACCCAUGGGCCGUGGAGGCUAUGGAGGUGGUGGCAGUGGUGGUGGUGGCCGAGGAGGAUUUCCCAGUGGAGGUGGUGGCGGUGGAGGACAGCAGCGAGCUGGUGACUGGAAGUGUCCUAAUCCCACCUGUGAGAAUAUGAACUUCUCUUGGAGGAAUGAAUGCAACCAGUGUAAGGCCCCUAAACCAGAUGGCCCAGGAGGGGGACCAGGUGGCUCUCACAUGGGGGGUAACUACGGGGAUGAUCGUCGUGGUGGCAGAGGAGGCUAUGAUCGAGGCGGCUACCGGGGCCGCGGCGGGGACCGUGGAGGCUUCCGAGGGGGCCGGGGUGGUGGGGACAGAGGUGGCUUUGGCCCUGGCAAGAUGGAUUCCAGGGGUGAGCACAGACAGGAUCGCAGGGAGAGGCCGUAUUAAUUAGCCUGGCUCCCCAGGUUCUGGAACAGCUUUUUGUCCUGUACCCAGUGUUACCCUCGUUAUUUUGUAACCUUCCAAUUCCUGAUCACCCAAGGGUUUUUUUUGUGUCGGACUAUGUAAUUGUAACUAUACCUCUGGUUCCCAUUAAAAGUGACCAUUUUAGUUAAA